ACACGCAAGCAAGAAGGAGUAAGAAGAAGUAGCAGAUGUUAUGCGCGCUGAUUUUUUCGUCGUGUUGCUCUGCCUCGGAAUUUUCACGCUCGCGCUGGACCUGGUACUCGAAGAAUUGCCGAGGUACCUGCACGCGAUGGUUCGCUCCGAUCAACGAAGGAAGGUGCCAAUCUUUGCAGCCGAGUUGGACGGCAGCAUCUUCUUCGCCGGCGCCUGGACACGGAAGUGCCUGGACAUCGGUGAAGCGUGCGCCGUCGAAUCGGCCGCCCGUCACCACCCGGGAAUGUGGGUCGUACUCUUCCUGGACGCUCCCGACAGGGACGGCGGCCACGGCAGAAGGGACGGAGGAGGGGCAGGGGUGGCCGCAGAUCAGUGCCGCACGCUAGAGGCACUGCUGGACAUGAACAACGUCCACGUCAGGCGCCUCAGCCUCGACGAGCUGUUCGCAAGGACGCCCCUCAAGCACUGGCGGGCCCAGGACCCCGCGGCCGAAGGGCGUCUCGAGCGCCUCAGCGAGGCGGUAAGGUUUGCGCUUCUGUGGAAGUACGGCGGCGCCUACGCCGAUCUGGACGCCAUCGUCAGGAAGCCACUGACCAAGCUGCGCAACUGCGUCAUCGAGCGCGGGCCCGAGGAACGUGACCCGCCCGUCGUCAGCGGAUCCCUGCUCGUCUUCGACAGGUGGCACCCGCUCAUGGAGCUUUGCAUGGAGGAAAUGGCGCGGCAGUACCACGACUCCCGACACUUGGUGCGCUCGGUGUCCGACGCCCUGGUGCGCACCCUGCGUGACCACUACGUCUGCGAGCGCUACGGCUCCGUGGAGUUCGCACCGGCGCGCGAACUGCGCUGCGCCGACGGCCGCUCCCGGGUCACCGUCCUGCCGCGCGAGGCCUUCUUCGACGCGACGCUCCACAGUGCGGCCGCCGACGUCCGGCGCCCGAAUGCGACCGCGAGAAGCUACGUUGUGAAAGUACGACGCCGCCCUUCGCUCGCUGUGGCCUCCGACCGUGCCAGCGUCGGCUCCGCGCUGGAAGCUAGGCGCAACUGCCCUCGCAUCGAUCGCCUGGCGCAGAAGAACGCGCUCGUGCCGUUAACGACGAUCUUGAGGACGCCAGUCGCGUCCCGCAAUGAAUAAACGACGAUAUAGAGUUACCCGAAUAUUAGACAAUAGCUGACCUGUGUACGGCAUAUUUUUCUUGUCGUGUCGUGCAGGUUCACCGGACGAUUUUCAAUCCUUCCCUUCGUGAGGUGUCAGCCGCUUAUUCGGUGCCCAAUUAUCACUAGCUUGGGCAUGUUGUGGAACGCAAAUGUCAAGCCGCAAUCCAGCACGUGCCUUAUUGAUCGCGUGGAGGGCGGACCAAUCGGAAUCCAAAGCCCUCAUUUCAUAUUUAGAAAUGACCUUGCUGUUUGUUGCCUAAAUAAAAGUAUUCGCCACACUGCAUAUAAUUUAACGUAAUGUACCC